GACUGUCCCUCUCGACUCGCCAUAGGUUGACAUUGCCUCCUCAAACAUGGCUGUACAUACGUUGAAGAAAUCAAUUUGGUCCUUAGGACGAAUACAUUGUCAUAUUUAUGGAGUUAAUGUGCGUAACCCGUUAAACAGGGCAACAUAUGCAACCGCCUUGUCUACCAAUCAUUCUAGUCAAAAUAAAGGCUUUCCUGACAAAGGGAACAGAGGACCUUUCAACCGAAGAUCAAGGAGAGAGGCGGGCGACCCCAGGACGGACAGGAUGCCUGUAGACCAGGACUGGACUACAGUGUACCCGACCGCUACCCCCUUCAGACAGGGCUCUGUGCCCCUGCCUGUCCGCAUGGGCUUCCCAGUGAAGAAAGGGGUGCCCCCAGAGAAGAAGGGCAACCUGGAGCUCAUCAAGAUUCCAAACUUUUUGCAUUUAACUCCAUUAGCCAUAAAGAAACACUGUGAAGCUCUGAAACCGUUCUGCACAGAGUGGCCCUCUGCCCUGGACACAGGUGCUAAAUGUGAUGAGCACUUCCCUGUCAAAGUAGAGAGCAAGGACUACGUGUCUGCCGGCACCUCCCUCAGAAAUCCAUCUGCCCGCAUAGUCCACCUCAGACUGAAGCUGUCCUGUCUGAACUUGGACGACCAUGCCAGGAAGAAGAUGGUUAAACUGGUAGGAGAGCGGUACUGCAAGGACACGGACACACUCGCCAUCACCACUGACAGCUGCCCUGUGAGAAAGCAGAAUUAUGACUAUGCCAUGUACCUCCUGACUGUCCUCUAUCACGAGUCUUGGAAAAUUGAGGCCUGGGAGUCGGAGAAGACUGUGGCAGACAUGGAGGAGUACAGCUGGGAGGACAGCCCCUCUCAGAAGAACAUCAUGUCCACGUUGGUCCGCAUGCAGGUAGCAGGGGAAGGGGAGGGAGAGGCGGUGAGGGAGGAGCUGCUGGGGAGGCCGGAGGUGCAGGAGUACAGGGACUCUGUGACCAGACUGAAGAACGAGGGAGAGAGCGAGAGCAGCAUGCACCAGUACAGAGACGCUGUGAAGAAACUGCUCAACCUUUAAUAUGCCCUCUUCUAUACAUGCAGAUACACACAAACACACAGAGUGAGCAAGAGCAGAACUCGACUGCUACACACUUGGGGUGACCAGUUCGACAAACCUAUCAUCUGAUUUCACCACACACAGCAUUUGAUGCCUGUAACUGUCUUUUGUGAAAUAUUUAUUGACAAUAACUGAAAGGGCCUAUGUUUAUAUGUCUGUAAUACAAUUGUCGUAUAUGAGUUAUGCUAAACUGAAGCAAAAAUGUAUUCCUUGCAUUUUAAAUAAAAAGCUUUAAUUUCCUCAA